AUGGUACAGACUAUAUGUGUGAGCCCAAUGUUUUUAAGGAGUUCUGCUGCACAGGAAGCGUGUGACUGUCUUACUAAUGUUCUGGGUAAAAGUCCAUUAUUACUGACAGAACUGGAUCUGAGUGAAGAUAAAUUAGGAGAUCUGGAUGUAGAGAAACUCUCUGCUCUUCUGAUGGACUCUCAUAGCAAAGUGGAGAAAAUCAAGCUGAGUAAUUGUGAAAAGCUGACAGAGAAAAGCUGUUCAGUUCUAGCUACUGUUCUCUCCUCCAAAACCAUCCUGAAAGAGAUGAACCUGAACAACAGUCGUCUGUUGGACUCAGGAGUCAGAGAGAUCUGUAAAGGAUUAGGGAAUCGAAUGUGUGAGCUGAAGAUACUCAAUCUUUCAGACUGCAGUAUCAGUGAAGAAGGUUAUAAAGCUCUGGCUUCAGCUCUGAGAUCAAACCCUUCACACCUGAUAGAGCUGGAUCUCAGAGGAAAUGAUCCUGGACAAUCAGGAGUGAAGGAGCUCACUGAUUUACUACAGGAUCCACACUGUACACUGAAGACACUGAGGUUUUUGAGUCCUGCAGCAGAAGAAGUCUUUCAGUUUGUGACUGGAAUUGUGGGUAAAAACCCGUUACUCCUGAAAGAACUGAAUCUGAGUAAUCAUGAAUUAGGAGACACACAAGUGAAUCAACUCUCGGUUCUGCUGAAAGAUAAACACUGUACAAUCAACACACUUCAGCUGAAUAAUAGCAAGAUUACAGCAGAAGGUUGUGCUUCUUUGACUUCAGCAUUUAAUUCAAAUCCUUCACACCUGAUAGAGCUCAAUCUGAGUGAAAAUAAACUAGAAGACUCUGGAGUAGUGAAAAUCUGCCCUCUGCUGAAAAAUACACAGUGCAGACUGGAGAAACUGAGUCUUUCAGACUGCAGUAUCAGUGAAGAAGGUUAUAAAGCUCUGGCUUCAGCUCUGAGAUCAAACCCUUCACACCUGAUAGAGCUGGAUCUAAGAGGAAAUGAUCCUGGACAAUCAGGAGUGAAGGAGCUCACUGAUUUACCACAGGAUCCACACUGUACACUGAAGACACUGAGGUUUUUGAGUCCUGAUGAUGAUAAAGUCUGUCAAUUUGUGACAGGAAUUGUGGGUGAAAACCCGUUACUCCUGAAAGAACUGAAUCUGAGUAAUCGUGAACUAGGAGACACACAAGUGAAUCAACUCUCUACUCUACUGCAGGAUAAACAUUGUAGAGUCAACACAUUCAUGCUGAAUAAUAACAGGAUUACAGCUGAAGGUUGUGCUGCUUUAACUUCAGCAUUUAAUUUAAACCCUUCACACCUGAUAGAGCUCAAUCUGAGUGGAAAUAAUCUAGGAGACUCAGGAGUAGAGAAGAUCUGUCCUCUGCUGAAAAAUACACAAUGCCGAUUAGAGAAACUGAGUCUUUCAGACUGCAGAAUCACUGAAGAAGGUUAUAAAGCUCUGGCUUCAGCUCUGAGAUCAAACCCUUCACACCUGAUAGAGCUGGAUCUCAGAGGAAAUGAUCCUGGACAAUCAGGAGUGAAGGAGCUCACUGAUUUACUGAAGAGUAGAAGCUGUAAAUUCAGGUUUCUGAAGUGUUCUGCACAGGAAGCGUGUGACUAUCUUACUAAAGCUGUGGGUAAAAGUCCAUUAUUACUGACAGAACUGGAUCUGAGUGAAGAUAAAUUAGGAGAUCUGGAUGGAGACAAACUCUCUGCUCUUCUGAUGGACUCUCAUAGCAAAGUGGAGAAAAUCAAGUGA